AUGGAUGGCGUCUUAAAAGUGGGCAAAAAAGACUCGAUCUGGGCUGGAAAAGAGGAGUUAUACUUGCAUAUGGAUAGAAGGACAACGAUCAAACUACCAUAUACUUACCUGCGCGACUUGUGCCAGUGUGUGGUGUGCAAGGAUCAACACUCGAAGCAACGAUCGUUCCGCACAAGUGAUAUUCCCAAGGACAUUGCUCCAAGUUCGGUUAAUUGGAAUGGUAGCAAGCUUUCAGUCAAGUGGGCCAACGACAUCGGAGGUUCUCAAACUACGCAUGAAUCAACCUGGGACCGUGACUUUCUAAAAAAGCCCAUUUUCAACACCCAUCGUCAGCACUGGUCCUCGAACUCCAAACCGAUCAUGUGGGGACGGGAUCAAAUGGACAGAAGUCAGCAUUGGGUGUCUUACUCGGACUACAUCGCUGAUGAUUCCAAAUUUGCCUCCGCGAUGCAGAAUUUGCAGCGUCUGGGCCUUAUUUUUGUGAAGGAUGUUCCAGGCUCACGAUCGAUGGUUGAAGCCAUUGCAACACGCAUGGGGCCACUACGGAACACCUUCUACGGAUCAACCUUCGACGUCCGCACUGUUCCACAGGCGACAAAUAUCGCAUAUACUAAUCAGUUCCUUGGAUUUCACAUGGAUUUGAUGUACAUGAACGAGCCACCGGGAUACCAGCUCCUCCACUGUCUGGAGAACUCAUGUUCGGGGGGCGAGUCGUUGUUUGCGGAUACCUUUUCUGCUGCGAAACUCAUGAAGGAGCAUUACCCGGAGGAUUAUCCAGUGCUUCGCGAGCAGCGUCUGGGAUACGAGUAUAGGCACAAGGAGCACAUCUACUACAACGAGCGACCCGUCUUUGAGCAUGAUGCCGAUACAGGCGAGCUGGACCACGUUAAUUAUUCGCCCCCCUUUCAGUCUCCCCUCCCACCAGGUGACGGGGAGGGCCAUGAUGCUGGCCUUGUAAAUAAGCUACGAGACGCUCUUGCGAAGUUCACUUCGAUUAUCGACAACGAGAAGCACAUCUUUGAGCUCAAGCUCAACCCUGGGGAUUGCGUUAUCUUUGACAACAGACGAAUCGUUCAUGCCCGCCGCCAAUUCAACGCCAGCGUAGGAUCUCGCUGGCUAGCAGGCGCCUAUGUGGAUACCGAUGCUCUGCUAUCCCGAUUUGCUGUAUGUAGGAAUCAGCAUCCGCAUUUUUGGACGAGAAAGGCCCAGAAAGCCUUGGCAGCCAACAACGGCGAAAACAACUAUGGCAAAAGAAAAGCAUCUGAAAAAUCAAAAAUCUAG